ACCCAACAUUCCUUUUCUUCGGUUUAGUUUCUCACGAAUCUUCAAACGGUAGACGAGAAACAACGAGAAACGUCACGAUGUGUUGAAAGUUCAUGUGUGCCUGUAUUUUUGGUCCCUUGGAGGAACUUGGUACAUGUGCAUAUCAUCAAAUAGGCCCAACAUGUUCAGUGCCUUAAGAAAACUUUUUACGGAUCCGUCAGUUCUCUAAAAUCACCUCUAUCUUCGUCUUUCCAUACCCUCCUGUGAUUUUUGUGUUGAUAUUAUCAUGUUCGAUGUGUGUGCAUUUGUUUUAUCUAUCCUAGGAAUUAUUGAGGUUGCUCGUACAGCUGAAUUGGUCAUUCACAUUCCUGGUAAUUUGGGGCAAGAUGGUGUCGUGUAUAGAUUAGACUACUAUCCACCAUUCGGUCAUCCUGCUCCAAACACAACUAUAGCAUCCAAAGACAUUCAAGAUGUCAUCCAGUUCUCCAAAGCUUUGCCAGGAACCAAAUAUGACUUCUGGCUCUAUUACUCAAACUCGACAGACAACACCUUGACAUGGACCGCUAAUUUCACAACAGUACCUGAUCCUCCGUCCAAUCUAUCAGUUGCUGUACGAAAUGGCAAAACAGCUAUUAUAUCUUGGAGUCCGCCGAUGCAUGGGAGUUAUUCAAGUUUCAAAUUGAAAAUCAACCCACUAAACAAUUUUUUGGAUCAAAAACCUCAGCCUCUAGUCAUAGAGAAUGUCCAAACAACAUCCUAUGCCCUCAGAGAUCUUACUGCUGGGGCCACAUAUCAAGUUCAAGCAUUUACAGUAUUCGAAAAUAAAGAGAGUGCAGCCUACACUUCAAGAAACUUCACAACCAAACCUAACACUCCCGGUAAGUUCAUCGUUUGGUUCAGAAAUGAGACAACGCUAUUGGUCCUAUGGCAGCCGCCAUAUCCACCGGCAAUCUACACACAUUACAAAGUAUCUAUAGUACCUCCUGAUGCUAUAGAAAGUAUUCUGUACGUCGAGAAAGAAGGCGAACCUCCAGGUCCAGCCCAGGCUGCUUUUAAGGGACUGGUACCAGGACGGGCGUACAACAUAUCUGUCCAAACGAUGUCCGAAGAUGAGAUAUCAGCACCUACGACAGCAUCAUACAGGACUGUUCCUCUGAGACCUUCUAAAGUUGUGUACGAUAAGAAUUUAGUGACCCCGUACUCGUUUGUCGUUCACUGGGAAAAACCGAAUGGUAAAAGUGAGUUCGACAGAUACCAAAUAUCCUUGGGAACUGUAAGAAAACUUCCACCCAUUACAAGACUGAAAAAUGAAUCAACUUAUUGGGAACUCAAGGACAAUCUAGAACCUGGAAGGACAUACUCUGUUAUAGUGAAAACUGUAUCUGGAAAAGUCACCUCUUGGCCAGCAUCUACAGAAGUUACACUAAAACCACUGGCCGUCUCCAACAUCAAAGCUUUCAACGACGACAAAAACGGAAUUGUCACCAUCUCUUGGACCCCACAUCCGGACAGUUUCCAAGAAGGCUACCUCAUAUCCUACCACGAAGUGGAAAGUUCGACAGGUGACAGCAAUACUGCCAGGACCAAAAACAAGACCUCCAUAACCCUGGACACUCUCCUCCCUGGCAGAAACUACUCGUUGACGGUGCAGGCCUUGUCCAAGGACGCUGAAUCCGAAGAGAGUUCUGUGUACGUGGUCACGAGACCAAGUGCGCCAAUCAUCGAAGAUCUGAGGCCUAUGGUAGACGGUCUCAAUAUCAGUUGGAAAUCUGACGUCAACUCUAAGCAGGACAAGUAUGAAGUGCAGUGCGUCAGGAAUGACACCUUGGAUAAGACCAUUCGGACAACGUACGAAUCUACGAUUGUUCUCAGUCAGCUGUAUCCAGGUGCGGGGUACUUGGUCAAGGUGUUCGCCAUUUCGCAUGGUCUUAAGAGCGAGCCGCACGAGUAUUUCCAACCAGUUUUCCCAAGACCUCCAAGGAAUAUGACGAUAGAGAAAACGACGACAAACUCUGUCAUAGUGAGAUGGGUUGCCCCAGAAAGAUCAUUGGUUUCCGAGUAUGCCAUCAGGUAUAGAACGGAAACGGAAAAGACUUGGGUUAGACUUCCAGCGGUUCAAAACACCGAGGCUGAAGUCACGGAUAUGUCUCCAGGUGAACUAUACACCAUACAAGUGAACACUGUCAGCAACAGUUUGGAGAGCAAUGAUCCUCAGCAGAUGAACCAUACGAUAAGACCAAAUCCGGUUUCAAACAUCGCUCCAUUGGUCGACUCCAACAACGUUACUCUAGAAUGGCCUAGACCUGAAGGAAGAGUUGAAACAUACAGUAUCACUUGGUGGGAAUCCAGUGACCCUUCCAAGUACCAAACUCAAAACAUCACUCAAGAUCAAAAUGGCACAAACCCAGUACGAUUAUUGGUUGGUGAUCUAAUGCCUGGAGUGGAGUAUGUCUUCAACAUCCAAGCCUUUUCAAACGACUUGGAUAGCGACAUAACAGUCUUAAGAACGAGGACAAUGCCUCUGAUCCAAUCAGAAGUGGUGGUUAUAAACGACCAGCAGUCCACAGACUCCAUAGGGUUAAGAUACACUCCAACUCCUCAAACUUCGUCGAAAUUCGAUAUAUACAGAUUUUCCCUAUCGGAUCCUGAGAUUCCCGUACAAGAAAAAUCGGCGAAUGACUCAGAAAGAAGAGUAAACUUCCUUGGUCUUGUUCCUGGAAAACUUUACAACAUCACAAUCUGGACAGUGUCGCAAAACGUGGCUAGUCAACCGUUGCAGAGACAGGAUAGGUUAUAUCCUGAUCCAACAAGCGGCAUCGAAGCCACGCAAAUCACAGACACCGAAGUUACCCUCAAAUGGGAUUCCCCCAGAGGAGAAUACAACGCUUUCGAAGUACAAUAUUUGAGCGCUGAGAAUCUUCUGAUGCAGAAUCUCACGCUGCACAACCAGAUCACCAUAAGCGAUCUGAAACCACACAGAAACUACACCUUCACCAUAGUGGUCAGAAGUGGUACCGAAUCGAGUAUUCUGAGAAGAUCCUUGCCAGUUUCUGCUAUAUUCCAGACUAAAGAAUCUUUCCCAGGCAAGGUGGAGAAGUUUGAACCUAUCGAUAUACACCCAAGCGAAAUAGUUUUCGAAUGGUCUUUGCCUCUGACUGAACAAAACGGAGUCAUUCGGAAAUUUGACAUCAGCUACGGAUUGGAGUUCUCCAACGUCAGACAACACAGGGAAUUUUUACCAGUUGAAUUCAGAGGCAUGAUAAGGCAACUGAGCCCUGGUCAGACUUACAUCUUCAAAAUUAAGGCGGAAACCAAGGUUGGCUAUGGACCUGAGACUGGCUGGAAGCAGAAAAUGCCAAUUCUGGCCCCACCAAAGCCUGAGAUGCAAGUGGUGCCAACUGAAGUUUGCAAAGGCACAACAACUAUUCAAAUAAGGUUCAGAAAGAACUACUUCAGUGAAGAAAAUGGACCUGUGACAUCAUAUGCUAUCGUCGUUGCGGAAGAUGACAGCAAGAACGCAUCUGGUCUCGAGAUGCCCAGUUGGAGAGAUGUUCAGGCUUAUUCUGUAUGGCCGCCAUAUCAAGUGAUGGAGCCAUAUUACCCCUUCACCAAUAGCUCUGUGGAGGAUUUCACCAUUGGAAGAGAAACUUGCGAUAUCAGACAGAGUGGUUACUGCAAUGGCCCUUUGAAAUCUGGCACAACAUACAGGGUCAAGAUAAGGGCGUUUACAGCACCUGAUAAAUUUACAGACACUAGUUAUAGCUUCCCCAUAUCCACAGAUCAAAAUAAUUCUUCGAUAAUAUUAGGCACGACAAUUCCUAUUGUAAUAAUAGCUCUGUUGUUUGUUGGGGUAUUCGUUUAUAAGAAGAGGAGAGGAAAAAGAGCUGCAGAAACAGGAGCGCAUGACAAUAUGUCGUUGCCUGAUUCAGUAAUAGAAACUUCGAGACCAGUCAGGAUUGAGAAUUUUUCCAAUCAUUAUCGAAUGAUGUCGGCAGAUUCAGAUUUCAGGUUUAGCGAAGAAUUUGAAGAACUGAAGCACGUUGGAAGAGACCAGCCAUGUACCUUUGCCGAUCUUCCUUGCAACAGGCCUAAGAACAGGUUCACAAACAUUCUACCAUACGAUCAUUCCAGAUUCAAACUCCAGCCAGUCGAUGACGAAGAAGGUUCUGAUUACGUUAAUGCAAAUUACGUACCAGGUCACAAUUCACCGAGAGAGUUCAUAGUAACGCAGGGUCCACUGCACUCAACAAGAGACGAUUUCUGGAGGAUGGUCUGGGAAUCGAACUCCAGGGCCAUCAUCAUGCUAACCAGAUGUGUUGAGAAGGGACGAGAGAAAUGCGAUCAUUACUGGCCUUACGACACUCUACCAGUCUACUACGGUGACAUAUCUGUGCAGAUCUUGAACGAAACCAGGUAUCAAGACUGGAACGUAUCAGAAUUCAUGGUGUGCAGGGGCGACCAGCAAAGGGUUGUUCGACAUUUCCACUUCUCCACCUGGCCAGAUUUUGGUGUGCCUAACCCACCGCACACCUUGGUGAGGUUCGUUAGGGCUUUCAGAGAGAGAGUUGGUUCGGACCAAAGACCCAUCGUUGUCCAUUGCAGUGCUGGUGUUGGUAGAUCCGGUACGUUCAUAUGUUUGGACAGAAUUCUUCAGCAAGCCUUAGUUGCCGAUUAUGUGGACAUAUUCGGCAUAGUUUAUGCCAUGAGGAAAGAAAGAGUAUGGAUGGUACAAACCGAACAACAAUACAUCUGCAUCCAUCAGUGCUUCUUGGCAGUGUUGGAAGGAAAAGAAAUGACUGGUUCUCCAAGGGAGAUCCAUGAAAAUCAGGGAUUUGAAGUGCUGGUUAUGAACAUGUAUACUCACUGUAAAAAGCUGCUAUUUUGCGGUUCUCCUAAAGGUGCUGGGCUCUAUCCUGUUGAGGCUUCCUUUCAACCAGAAGAAAAGAAAAGUUGUUUCAGAUGACGAAGGCAUUGCAGAAUCUGGGAUGUGAACGAAGACAAACUAGAACAAAUCAGCCUGUACGUUUCCAGCAAAAGAGAAUAUCAGUUCUAAACUUUCAGAAGGAGUGAUGGAUUGAAGAAUCCGUAUUUUGAAAAUACUGGAAGACACUUAUGGAGUAAUCCGAAAAGUUGAUCAAUCAAUGAAGUGACCAUAUCUUUCUAUUUAUGACCUACCAAAUGUUAACAAUGUAAGGUGUUGGCGUCUUAGAUAGUUGAAAUGAAGAAAUUUAAAGGAUUUUGCGUAGAUAUGAGAAUCGUUUGCUAAAUGUUUCCCUGGCAUCUGCAAAAAUUUUCAAGUACUAAUUAUAUUAUAUGAAAUUUCUGUGAUAAAUUUUUUGGUAGAUACAUAUUAUAUAUAAGGAGAGGCUCAAGUUUGACACUUAUUUUAAAAGCCUGAAAUUGUACUUAAUUUUAAUAAACUGGAUGUUUUAUA